AUGAACGGCGAGAAACCUGAAAAUUUGAAAGAGACCACCUCCACUGAUCACCAAGGCGACGACUUUUCCUCACCGGCGCCGCAGCUCCGGGAAGCUACGUCGACGGACCGAUCUCUCCUUAGCUCUUUAGCUACGUUAAUAAUCAAGUCCAUCGAGUUUCAAGUAAGUUUGAUGCUUAGCUUCAUAAAGUUUCCUUGGUUGAUUCAUAUCUGCUUAAGCUUCGUUAUGGAUCCUUAUCGUACAAUGAGACGCGGCAGACGCUAUCUGAUAUCAAAGGUUGUAGAGUUAUGUGAGUUAGGGUUGAACGAUGAUAAGCUCGUGUUGGAGACUGUGCGUAGGUUAGCAUUAGGCCUGUUAUGGGCUGUGCAUGUAGGCAUCGUUUUGUUUGCAAUGUUGGUAUCUGCGUUUAUGAUUAGUGGGUUUGUGUUAACCCUUUUGGCUCAUGAACCACUUGUCGUUAAAGAGAGUUUGAGUUUUGAUUACACAAAGAAUAAUCCAGAAGCAUAUGUGCCCAUUACACCAGUUAACAGUCCGAAUCAGAGGACAGAGGUCAGUGUCUCGAUGACGUUACCUGAGUCUGAGUAUAAUAGAAACCUCGGGCUGUUUCAGGUUCGUGUGGAAUUUUUAUCAGAGAACGGUCAAGUGCUCGCAACUUCAAGGCGGCCGUGUAUGUUGAGGUUUAGAACCGAGCCUAUCCGUCUUGUCCGGACUUUUCUGAAGAUUGCUCCGCUUGUCUCUGGCUAUGUUUCUGAAACUCAAACCUUGAAGGUAAAGCUCAAAGGCUUUUCAGAAAAGGACGUUGUUAGUACUGCUUGCGUUAAGGUAAUGAUUGAGCAACGUGCGGAGUUUCGUGGUGGAGCAGGUGUUCCAGAUAUUUAUGAAGCGUCUCUGUUGCUUGAAUCUGAGCUUCCUUUCUUGAAGAGGAUGAUAUGGAACUGGAGGAGGACUUUGUUUGUGUGGAUCAGCAUGUGUUUGUUUGUUACGGAACUGGUUUUCGUCAGAUGUCUGAUCAUACCAAGAGCAGGUCAGAGGACAUAACAAAGUGAUGGAACUCAUUCCAUCAACAAUACUUCAAAUCUGGCAAAUCUG